AUGGCGACGGAACCUCAGGUAAAAGAGCAGCUCAUUAUAAAAACAGACUCAUGCAUUCAAUACAUAGACAUUGAUCAGAGACUUCAAUAUGUUUAUGAUAUAGAACAGCUGAUUUGGAGUCUUAACAACGAUAAUUUAUAUCAAUCGAGGGAACAGAUCAUGAAAAUCAUCAAAGAACAUAAAAAUAUAGUCAAAUUUACACUUAAAUGCAUCGAUUAUGUUUCGAAUAAACGCAAAAAAGAAUAUCAAAUUUUUGUUGAUAUUUUCAUUUAUAUAUCUCGAGCUUUUAAUACAAUUGUUGAUAUCAAAAACAAUGAAUUUGCGGUCCUUCUCAAUUACUAUGAAUUAAAACUAGCUAAAGACAAGAAAACAAAAGAUGUUGAUACAAUAAAAAACAUUGCCCCAGAAAACACAAUUUACCACGCAAUUAUCUGGGACCAAUUCGAGAAAAUGGGUGAUUAUUAUGUAGAUGGUUUUGAUCCAAACAAGACCUACAAAGAUUACAAUUCAAAUAAAUUUUCUUUGCUUGAUUUGGCAGCAAAAUAUAGUUCAGUAAAUUGCUUCAAAUUCUUGAUCGCAAACAAUGCAAAAAUAACAGAGAAAACAGUCAAAGCAUGUAUAGAAGGUGGAAAUAAUGAAAUACUUCGUAUUCUUGUUCAAAAAGGUGCAAACUUGAAUUUCAUGCUUUCAGUUGCAAUUGAAUCCCAUCAAAAUCAAAUUGCUGAUUAUUUGAUCAGUAAUUUCAACUGUGAGAAAAUAACUAUCGCACAAUGCUUAGCGAUGUUUAAUAUUCAAGCAGCAUUCUUCCUUUUCGAUAAUGGAAAUGACAUUAAUGAGACUUUUAAUGAAAUUCUUUAUUUAUAUUCAUCAAAAAAUUCUUUAUAUUCAAUCAUACAAUUCACUAUACAUUUAUAG